AGAAGCAAUAUGGAUAAACAAAUGAUAAAGCUUGGCUUAUUGAAUAUCAGAUCCCUUUCUACGAAAACACUUUUUGUAAAUAAUAUGAUCACUGAUCAUAAUAUAGAUGUACUCUGUUUGACAGAAACCUGGCUAAAACCUGAUGAUUACAUUAUUUUAAAUGAGUCCACCCCCCAAGAUUACUGUUAUAAACAUGGGCCACGUCUAAAAGGCAAAGGUGGAGGUGUUGCUUCAAUUUAUAACAACGUUUUCAGGAUUUCUCAGAGGGCAGGCUUCAAGUAUAACUCAUUUGAAGUAAUGGUACUUCAUAUAACUUUAUCCAAAGAAACAAAUGUUAAUGAUAAAUCCCCUGUUAUGUUUGUACUGGCUACUGUAUACAGGCCACCAGGGCACCAUACAGACUUUAUUAAAGAGUUUGGUGAUUUUACAUCCGAGUUAGUUCUGGCUGCAGAUAAAGUUUUAAUAGUUGGUGAUUUUAAUAUCCAUGUUGAUAAUGAAAAUGAUGCAUUGGGAUCAGCAUUUAUAGACAUUCUGAACUCUAUUGGUGUUAGACAACACGUUUCAGGACCUACUCAUUGUCGAAAUCAUACUCUAGAUUUAAUACUGUCACAUGGAAUUGAUGUUGAUGGUGUUGAAAUUAUUCAGCCAAGUGAUGAUAUCUCAGAUCAUUAUUUAGUUCUUUGCAAAAUUCAUAUAGCCAAAAUUGUAAAUUCUACUUCUUGUUACAAGUAUGGAAGAACCAUCACUUCUAACACAAAAGACUGCUUUUUAAGUUAUCUUCCUGAUGUAUCCAAAUUCCUUAGCAUAUCCAAAACCUCAGAACAACUUGAUGAUGUAACAGAAACUAUGGACUCUCUCUUUUCUAGCACUUUAAAUAAAGUUGCUCCUUUACGCUUAAGGAAGGUUAAGGAAAACAGUUUGACACCAUGGUAUAAUGAGCAUACUCGCACCCUAAAGAGAGCAGCCCGAAAAAUGGAGCGCAGCUGGAGGAAAACAAAACUAGAGGUAUUUCGUAUUGCUUGGCGGGAAAGUAACAUAUCCUACAGAAAAGCAUUAAAAACUGCUAGAUCCGAUUACUUUUCUUCUCUUUUAGAAGAAAACAAACAUAACCCCAGGUAUUUAUUCAAUACAGUGGCUAAAUUAACGAAAAAUAAAGCCUCAACAAGUGUUGACAUUUCCCAACACCACAGCAGUAAUGACUUUAUGAACUACUUUACUUCUAAAAUCAAUACUAUUAGAGAUAAAAUUGCAACCAUUCAGCCGUCAGCUACAGUAUCACAUCAGACAGUGCACUAUAGAUCCCCUGAGGAACAGUUCCACUCAUUCUCUACUAUAGGAGAGGAAGAGUUGUAUAAACUUGUUAAAUCAUCUAAACCAACAACAUGUAUGUUAGACCCUAUACCAUCUAAGCUCCUGAAAGAGGUGCUUCCAGAAGUCAUAGAUCCUCUUCUGACUAUUAUUAAUUCCUCAUUGUCAUUAGGACAUGUCCCCAAAACCUUCAAACUGGCUGUUAUUAAGCCUCUCAUCAAAAAACCACAACUUGACCCCAAAGAACUAGUUAAUUAUAGACCAAUCUCGAAUCUCCCUUUUCUGUCCAAGAUACUAGAAAAGGUGGUAUCCACACAAUUAUAUUCCUUCUUAGAGAAAAAUGGUAUAUGUGAGGAUUUCCAGUCAGGAUUUAGACCGUAUCAUAGUACUGAGACUGCUCUUCUUAGAGUUACAAAUGAUCUGCUCUUAUCAUCUGAUCGUGGGUGUAUCUCUCUAUUAGUUUUAUUGGAUCUUAGUGCUGCGUUUGACACAAUUGACCACAACAUUCUUUUGCAUAGACUUGAAUACUUUGUUGGCAUCAGUGGAAGUGCAUUAGCAUGGUUUAAAUCGUACUUAUAUGACCGCCAUCAGUUCGUAGCAGUGAAUGAAGAUGUAUCCUAUCGAUCACAAGUGCAGUAUGGAGUACCUCAAGGCUCAGUACUAGGGCCGCUACUCUUCACGCUUUAUAUGUUACCCUUGGGAGAUAUCAUCAGGAAACAUGGUGUUAGCUUUCACUGUUAUGCUGAUGAUACUCAGCUCUAUAUUUCUUCGCAGCCCGGUGAAACACACCAAUUUGAAAAACUAAUGGAUUGCAUAGUCGAUAUAAAAAACUGGAUGACGAGUAAUUUCUUACUGCUAAAUUCUGAAAAAACAGAGGUGUUAAUUAUAGGACCUAAAAACUCUGCUUGUAAUAACCUGGAACACUGUCUAAGACUUGAUGGUUGCUCUGUCAAUUCUUCAUCAUCAGUUAGGAACCUAGGUGUGCUACUUGAUCGCAAUCUUUCCUUAGAAAGCCACGUUUCUAGCAUUUGUAAAACUGCAUUUUUCCAUCUCAAAAACAUAUCUAAAUUACGGCCUAUGCUCUCAAUGUCAAAUGCAGAAAUGUUAAUCCAUGCAUUUAUGACCUCAAGGUUAGAUUAUUGUAAUGCUUUAUUGGGUGGUUGUUCUGCACGCUUAGUAAACAAACUACAGCUAGUCCAAAAUGCAGCAGCAAGAGUUCUUACUAGAACCAGGAAGUAUGACCAUAUUAGCCCGGUCCUGUCAACACUGCACUGGCUCCCUAUCAAGCAUCGCAUAGAUUUUAAAAUAUUGCUUAUUACUUAUAAAGCCCUGAAUGGUUUAGCACCUCAGUAUUUGAAUGAGCUCCUUUUACAUUAUAAUCCUCUACGUCCGCUACGUUCUCAAAACUCAGGCAAUUUGAUAAUACCUAGAAUAUCAAAAUCAACUGCAGGCGGCAGAUCCUUUUCCUAUUUGGCGCCCAAACUCUGGAAUAACCUACCUAACAUUGUUCGGGAGGCAGACACACUCUUGCAGUUUAAAUCUAGAUUAAAGACCCAUCUUGGCUUAUUGAAUAUCAGAUCCCUUUCUACGAAAACACUUUUUGUAAAUAAUAUGAUCACUGAUCAUAAUAUAGAUGUACUCUGUUUGACAGAAACCUGGCUAAAACCUGAUGAUUACAUUAUUUUAAAUGAGUCCACCCCCCAAGAUUACUGUUAUAAACAUGGGCCACGUCUAAAAGGCAAAGGUGGAGGUGUUGCUUCAAUUUAUAACAACGUUUUCAGGAUUUCUCAGAGGGCAGGCUUCAAGUAUAACUCAUUUGAAGUAAUGGUACUUCAUAUAACUUUAUCCAAAGAAACAAAUGUUAAUGAUAAAUCCCCUGUUAUGUUUGUACUGGCUACUGUAUACAGGCCACCAGGGCACCAUACAGACUUUAUUAAAGAGUUUGGUGAUUUUACAUCCGAGUUAGUUCUGGCUGCAGAUAAAGUUUUAAUAGUUGGUGAUUUUAAUAUCCAUGUUGAUAAUGAAAACGAUGCAUUGGGAUCAGCAUUUAUAGACAUUCUGAACUCUAUUGGUGUUAGACAACACGUUUCAGGACCUACUCAUUGUCGAAAUCAUACUCUAGAUUUAAUACUGUCACAUGGAAUUGAUGUUGAUGGUGUUGAAAUUAUUCAGCCAAGUGAUGAUAUCUCAGAUCAUUAUUUAGUUCUUUGCAAAAUUCAUAUAGCCAAAAUUGUAAAUUCUACUUCUUGUUACAAGUAUGGAAGAACCAUCACUUCUAACACAAAAGACUGCUUUUUAAGUUAUCUUCCUGAUGUAUCCAAAUUCCUUAGCAUAUCCAAAACCUCAGAACAACUUGAUGAUGUAACAGAAACUAUGGACUCUCUCUUUUCUAGCACUUUAAAUAAAGUUGCUCCUUUACGCUUAAGGAAGGUUAAGGAAAACAGUUUGACACCAUGGUAUAAUGAGCAUACUCGCACCCUAAAGAGAGCAGCCCGAAAAAUGGAGCGCAGCUGGAGGAAAACAAAACUAGAGGUAUUUCGUAUUGCUUGGCGGGAAAGUAACAUAUCCUACAGAAAAGCAUUAAAAACUGCUAGAUCCGAUUACUUUUCUUCUCUUUUAGAAGAAAACAAACAUAACCCCAGGUAUUUAUUCAAUACAGUGGCUAAAUUAACGAAAAAUAAAGCCUCAACAAGUGUUGACAUUUCCCAACACCACAGCAGUAAUGACUUUAUGAACUACUUUACUUCUAAAAUCAAUACUAUUAGAGAUAAAAUUGCAACCAUUCAGCCGUCAGCUACAGUAUCACAUCAGACAGUGCACUAUAGAUCCCCUGAGGAACAGUUCCACUCAUUCUCUACUAUAGGAGAGGAAGAGUUGUAUAAACUUGUUAAAUCAUCUAAACCAACAACAUGUAUGUUAGACCCUAUACCAUCUAAGCUCCUGAAAGAGGUGCUUCCAGAAGUCAUAGAUCCUCUUCUGACUAUUAUUAAUUCCUCAUUGUCAUUAGGACAUGUCCCCAAAACCUUCAAACUGGCUGUUAUUAAGCCUCUCAUCAAAAAACCACAACUUGACCCCAAAGAACUAGUUAAUUAUAGACCAAUCUCGAAUCUCCCUUUUCUGUCCAAGAUACUAGAAAAGGUGGUAUCCACACAAUUAUAUUCCUUCUUAGAGAAAAAUGGUAUAUGUGAGGAUUUCCAGUCAGGAUUUAGACCGUAUCAUAGUACUGAGACUGCUCUUCUUAGAGUUACAAAUGAUCUGCUCUUAUCAUCUGAUCGUGGGUGUAUCUCUCUAUUAGUUUUAUUGGAUCUUAGUGCUGCGUUUGACACAAUUGACCACAACAUUCUUUUGCAUAGACUUGAAUACUUUGUUGGCAUCAGUGGAAGUGCAUUAGCAUGGUUUAAAUCGUACUUAUAUGACCGCCAUCAGUUCGUAGCAGUGAAUGAAGAUGUAUCCUAUCGAUCACAAGUGCAGUAUGGAGUACCUCAAGGCUCAGUACUAGGGCCGCUACUCUUCACGCUUUAUAUGUUACCCUUGGGAGAUAUCAUCAGGAAACAUGGUGUUAGCUUUCACUGUUAUGCUGAUGAUACUCAGCUCUAUAUUUCUUCGCAGCCCGGUGAAACACACCAAUUUGAAAAACUAAUGGAUUGCAUAGUCGAUAUAAAAAACUGGAUGACGAGUAAUUUCUUACUGCUAAAUUCUGAAAAAACAGAGGUGUUAAUUAUAGGACCUAAAAACUCUGCUUGUAAUAACCUGGAACACUGUCUAAGACUUGAUGGUUGCUCUGUCAAUUCUUCAUCAUCAGUUAGGAACCUAGGUGUGCUACUUGAUCGCAAUCUUUCCUUAGAAAGCCACGUUUCUAGCAUUUGUAAAACUGCAUUUUUCCAUCUCAAAAACAUAUCUAAAUUACGGCCUAUGCUCUCAAUGUCAAAUGCAGAAAUGUAAAUCCAUGCAUUUAUGACCUCAAGGUUAGAUUAUUGUAAUGCUUUAUUGGGUGGUUGUUCUGCACGCUUAGUAAACAAACUACAGCUAGUCCAAAAUGCAGCAGCAAGAGUUCUUACUAGAACCAGGAAGUAUGACCAUAUUAGCCCGGUCCUGUCAACACUGCACUGGCUCCCUAUCAAGCAUCGCAUAGAUUUUAAAAUAUUGCUUAUUACUUAUAAAGCCCUGAAUGGUUUAGCACCUCAGUAUUUGAAUGAGCUCCUUUUACAUUCUAAUCCUCUACGUCCGCUACGUUCUCAAAACUCAGGCAAUUUGAUAAUACCUAGAAUAUCAAAAUCAACUGCAGGCGGCAGAUCCUUUUCCUAUUUGGCGCCCAAACUCUGGAAUAACCUACCUAACAUUGUUCGGGAGGCAGACACACUCUUGCAGUUUAAAUCUAGAUUAAAGACCCAU